AUCAUCAGCAUCUCGUUCCGUCUCUUGACCAAAAACAGCGGGCCGCAGCGACUGGAUUCGCUUAGAAGCAUCCAGAGCCGGGCCUUGUCUUCAGUCCCUCAGGCAGCAAUCUCUUUCUUCCCCAAGAUAGAAUUUCCAGGGUGCUCGACAAUGGAAACAAAGGAAAAAGGUGAAAUAUGUGACUGUAAGAUCAAACUGAGGGACAAUCCUAACAGGCGGAAGGACAAAGUUUAUGUUGGAUGUGGAGCAGGUUUUGGUGGAGAUAGGCCACUGGCUGCUCUCAAGUUGCUUCAAAGAGUGAAAGAGCUUGACUAUCUUGUGCUUGAAUGUUUGGCUGAGAGGACACUAGCUGAUCGCUUCCAGGUUAUGAUGACUGGAGGAAAAGGCUAUGAUUCUCGAAUUUCAGAUUGGAUGUCGCUGCUUCUGCCUUUAGCUGUGGAAAGAGGAGUUUGUAUUGUCACUAAUAUGGGUGCAAUGGACCCACUUGGCGCACAAAAAGAAGUUCUGGAUGUUGCAAAUGAUCUGGGACUCAAUAUAAUUGUCUCCAUUGCUUAUGAGGUUUCUUUGGACAAAUUAGGACUUCAUUUGUCAUCUGAAGGAUCUGAUAAAAGGCAAGGUGAUAAACAAUCCAUAUGUGCUGUACCAAGAAAUGUAGCUGAUAUUUCAGCUGAAUGCAUGAAGGGUAUUAGCACAUAUCUAGGAGCAGCUCCCAUUGUUCAGUGCCUAGAGAGAUAUGAACCAAAUGUUGUGAUUACUUCUAGAGUUGCUGAUGCUGCACUUUUCUUAGCACCAGUGGUAUAUGAACUAGGUUGGAACUGGAAUGACUUCAAACAGCUAGCACAAGGUGCUUUAGCUGGGCAUCUUCUUGAAUGUGGUUGUCAACUCACUGGUGGAUAUUUCAUGCAUCCAGGAGAUAAAAACCGGGAUUUUUCUUUUGAACAACUUUUAGAUUUAUCACUUCCAUUUGCUGAAAUUAGUUGUGAGGGAGAAGUAUGUGUAGCAAAGGCAGAUGGUAGUGGAGGUGUUUUGAACUAUAGUACUUGUGCCCAGCAGCUUCUUUAUGAGGUUGGAGAUCCUGGUUCGUACAUUACUCCUGAUGUGAUCAUAGAUUUGCGGUAUGUCUACUUCUGCCCAUUAUCCAACGACAGAGUUCUCUGUGAUGGGGCAAAACCAUUUAAUGUCCAAAGCCCUGACAAACUUCUGCAGUUGAUUCCACUGGAUUGUGGAUGGAAAAGUUGGGGAGAAAUAUCUUAUGGAGGAUAUGGAUGUGUCAAACGUGCUGAGGCUGCAGAGUUUCUGGUUAGGUCAUGGAUGGAUGAAGCAUAUCCUGGAGUUAAAGAUUGUAUUGUCUCAUAUAUUAUUGGACAUGACAGCUUGAAAGCAACUGGAAGUGAUAGGGUUACUUACUCUAUCGAGCAUGUAAUGGAUAUAAGACUUCGUAUGGAUGGUUUAUUCAAGCUGAAGGAGCAUGCAGUUUGCUUUGUCGAAGAGUUUACAGCUCUCUACACAAAUGGACCAGCUGGUGGUGGUGGAAUAUGUACUGGACUCAAGAAGGAGAUAAUUCUUCAAAAGGGACUGGUUGAACGUGAACGUGUUUUCUGGCGAACAGAAAUGAUGAGAUCAAAUUCUACACAUCAAUGUAUUAAAGGUGCAGCAUGUGAUGAAUCAGAUCAAACCCACGGAGAACAAACAAAACCAAUAGUUAUCCCAAAAGUCAUUUACGCGAACAGCACGGUGUCCUCAGCACUUGCAGUUGCUGCUCCAUCGAACAAGAAAAUUCCUCUAUAUGAAGUUGCCCAUAGCAGAGCUGGUGACAAAGGAAAUGACUUGAACUUCUCCAUCAUCCCUCAUUUCCCAAGAGAUAUUGAGAGGCUUAAAAUGUUUAUUACACCAAAUUGGGUCAAGGAGGUGGUGUCACCUCUUCUUGAUGCUUCAUCAUUUCCUGAUCCUCAAGCUAUCAAGCAGAGAAGCAAUCGGCUUGAGCAGGUGAUGGUGGAGAUCUAUGAAGUCACCGGCAUUUAUUCUUUGAAUGUUGUGGUGCGAAAUAUUCUUGAUGGUGGUGUCAAUUGUUCUCGAAGAAUAGAUCGACAUGGGAAGACUCUGUCUGAUCUCAUCUUGUGUCAAGAGGUCAUGCUGCCUCCAUUUCCACAUGAAAGCAUCUGAAAUCCAUUUUUAUUCGCUGUUGAAUACCAAACUUCCAGAUCUACUUAACACCAAAUAGAGGGAUUCUUUAUUCCAAACCGUCAAUUAUGUGCAUGAAACCCUCAAAAAGCUCAUGAAUGACAGCAAUUUCUUUACUGCACUGUGAUGCUUCUGUUUCUUUAAUUUACCCCAAGUUCAAAGACAAAAGGAAUGAUUUAGGUCAUGAACCUUUUCAAUAAAUUAUAAAACCUUCAAGCUUUGUUAC